AUGUGUUCUCCAGUUUUGGACAUGGUAUUGGAUGAGGACAAGAGGAAAGCCGAGAAAAGGGCGAAGUCGGAAGCGCAACGACUUGCCAGUAUACGAGCAAAGAAAGAGCUAGAGAAACAGAGAAAAACCAUUCUGUCGAAGGCGUUGAGGGAAGUAGACCAGAAAAGCAAGCGCGUGGUGUUUACUGACAGCGACAAUGAGGAUAAUCCGCCCUCCAGCUCUCAAGCGGGUUCUCGGAAGCCAUUAGCAGCCCACGUGAAGCUUUUCGACGACAGCUCAUCAGAUGAGAAUGAAGAGGAUACGAUAACCAUCACCAAUCGCCAUGAAGGAAAGAAAGGGGAGAAACUCAUGAAGCUGGAAGCACGUUUCAACUCCGAUUCGCGCUUCAAACUUGACGAAAAGUUUGUGUCCAGUGGAAGUGAUGAUGAAGAAGAAGAUGAAGUCAACCAAGAGCGGACGAAACAUCUAGAAGUCCUGUCGAGAGUUCUGGGCAGCACGGUGAAACCUCAAAAGAAGACUCUUAAGUCCUCUGAGAAGGUUACCAAAGGUCAAACCAAGGUCCGUCCUUUCACAAGAUUUGAUCCUUUCAACGAAGAGCAUGUUCGCUGGCUGAAGAAGGAAGAGGAAACAAGAAAUGGUGCAAAUGAUGACGACAGCACCGAGGAAACCACCGUGUGUGCUGAGACUGAGGAAGGCUCAAAAAAGAAUGGUAUCCAUUACGAAAUGCAGCCUGAUUUCGCUGAAGAGCUGAAAGCACGUUUGGCAGCGGAGGCUUCAACUUCUGAAUCUGCUGAAAGAAAACCAAACUUUUCUUUCCUAGCUAUGCUAGGCAGAAAGGAUAAAUCCGAAGAAAACUGUGGUACUCUUAAUGGAAAUGACCCUACGCCGAACAAAAAAAUGAAACUCGUUUUGGAUCACACAGAUAAUGACGAUAGCGCUGAUGCCAAAAUUGUAGUUCCCGAAGCCUCAAAAACUACCGAUUUGGGUAGGCAUGUCGCAACAGCAUUUUUCGUGACUGGUGAUGAGGAGCACCUGCGAAGCUUGGUCAGUAAUUUCAGACGAACGCAGCCGCUUGAGCGGAUCGUCCCACUAUGGGGCAAUCAUAGAGAUGUCUUUGCCAAGAAUUACAAGCAUCUUCGAAAGGAGGCACUGAAAAAGAACAGGCAAAAUGUACAAAGCAAUGGAAAAGAUAAGAAGAAAAAUGGUGAAAAGUCAUGGAAAAAAGGCAAUAGAGUAUCAAAAUUGGAACAGGGUUCAUUACCAGGCUGA